AUGCCAAGGAAACAUACCAUUGUGAGAGCCAACACCACUGGGGCUUUGGAAUUAAGGACUGAAUGCGACAAGAAUAACCCGUGCAAGGGCAACGCAUGCUGCUCCAAGUUUGGUCACUGCGGCCUUGGUCCAGAUUUUUGUGGCAAGGAUUGCGUUGCUGGCUGCGAUUCUAAGGGCGAGUGUGAUCCUGGUGGCUUUGGCUCCAAGUUCGCCAACCAUACCAAGUGCCCUCUCAACGUCUGCUGUUCCAAGCAUGGCUACUGCGGUACUACCAAGGAUUUCUGCGGAAAGAAGACGGUCAAUCGCCCAUCUUGCUCUGCCAAGGGUCCUAUGCACAGAGUGGUUGGCUACAUCGAAGGAUGGGCUUCUACCAGAUCCUGCGACAAAUACAGUCCUUCCGACAUCCCAGACGGCGUCUAUACCCAUAUCAAUUUCGCCUUUGCCAGCAUCGACCCCAAGACCUUCCAAAUCAUCCCCGCAUCUAGCAAAGACCCUCAACUAUACCGCGAAUUAGCCCGCAAGAAGAAGAUCGACCCCAAUUUGAAGAUCUUCAUCGCCAUUGGCGGUUGGGCCUUCAAUGACCCGGGUCCGACUGUUACAACCUUCUCUGACAUUGCUCGUUCUGACACAAACACAAGGGCUUUCAUCAAAUCGCUCAUCUCGUUCAUGUCCACUUAUGACUUUGAUGGUGUCGAUAUUGAUUGGGAGUAUCCUGCUGCUGAUGAUCGUGAAGGACGGGAGGAAGAUUUCGACAAUCUUCCCAAGUUCCUCAGCAAGAUCAAGAGUGCGUUGAAGCAAAGUGGUGGCCGUAGCGGUCUCAGUAUCGCUAUCCCUGCUUCAUACUGGUAUCUUCAGCACUUUGAUCUUGAGAACAUCUCAAAGUACGUUGACCACUUCAAUGUCAUGACGUAUGACUUCCAUGGUGCUUGGGAUACUCCCAAGUCAUGGCUUGGCAACCAUCUCAACUCUCAUACCAACUUGACUGAGAUCAAGGAUGCUUUUGACCUUCUCUGGCGCAACAAUGUGGACCCUGAUCAAGUCAACAUGGGACUCGCAUUCUAUGCACGCACCUUCACUGCUUCCAGCACCGGCUGUAUGUCUCCUGGUUGUCUCUUCGAUGCCGGUGGCCCUGCAGAGUCUUGUACCGAUGCUGUUGGUGUCAUGUCCAACCCUGAGAUCAUGCGCAAGCUCGGUGGCAAGAUUGGUUCGGGAGACCUGGACAAGACUGCCGCCAUCAAGACUCUCAAGUUUGGCAGUACAUGGUUGACCUAUGACGAUGUCGAUACCUGGAAGCUCAAGCUGGAUUUUGCUCGCAGUCAAUGUCUUGGAGGUGCCAUGGUCUGGGCUAUCAGCCAAGACACUUCGGAUGGCAAGUUCUCCAAGCAACUACAGGAGGCUACCGGCUACAAGUCCAAGGGCGUAUCAACAUUCAACAGAACUAUGUCUUUCGGUAGUGGCGUCUUUAUUGAAAUCGACGAAAGCGAAGCCAACAGCGAUGUUAGCGGUGAUCAAUGCAAGUGGACCAAUUGUCGAAAGAAGGGCAAGGGGUGCCCUAGAGAUUGGAGCGCGGUUGAAAACCAAUCUUCUGAAAAGCUGACGGACCUCAUGACCGAUGAUACUGGCUGUGAUGAUGAUGAAGAGCGAACAUUCUGUUGCCCGGCCGGAGUCACGCAUCCCACCUGCGAAUGGCAAUUCUACAAUAACGGACACUGUAUCCCUGGAUGUGGCCCAACGUCAGGAUUCGAAGUUGCCUCGUCCAAGAGAUCGUGCAGUAGCGGGUAUGCUCAAACCGCGUGCUGCAAGGGCAACACGAAAGGUCUGGAUGUCUACCGCCAAUACAAGUGGUAUGAGUUGGAGAUGGACUGCGCCAGAGAUGAGGGUGACAAGCCAUGUGGAUGGGACGUCACCUACGACUCACUCCUCGUUGAAAGCUGGGAUGGUAGUGGGGACCAGACCUGCUAUGAUAGAAAGGGUCACAGAGGAGAGAGACCCCUCUGCGAAAACACCAGAGACGAAGACAACCCCCACUUCAGCGAGUGCUACUGGUCUGACGACUACAACUUGGGUGUCAUCGAGACAGUCUCGACAGGGACCUGCCGUAGCAGCUGCCCAGGCGGCAAGGUCAAGGUGGCCCUGAACUCCAAGAAUAACAAGUGCGGGAAGGGCACAUCAGCCUAUUGUUGCGAUGUCACAGCGUCCUACGACGUCAGAGAUAUCGACUGGGACAACUUGGAAGACUUGAUCAAAGAAUGGGUCGAUAAUCCGACAUGUCCCAAUAUCAAAUUCUCUGACCUCGAAAAGGGCAAGCUCUCUUCGCGCUCCGUGGACGCCAUGGCCUUGGUUCCUGAUGAACACUUGUCUGAGCUGACCAAACGAGAAAGCCUUCAUAAAAUGUCUGCGGGAAUGACCAUGGUACUUAUAGUCCAACGAGUGAUGGAGGCUCAAAAGAACUCUCGCGCGACCAGGGAGUAUCGGGAGCUGCUGGACAGGAACUUGCCCAAGAAGUGGAAGCAUCUUGUUAGCAGCACCUUCGCGGGGACGUUUCUUUUCCUCCAAGACGCUGUCCCGACUUUGGAAGAAGCCUGGGUCUGGGUCUGCAGUGUUGAUCAAGAGGAGAAGUGGGAAGAAAUGCAUUUCAAGAUAAAUUUCGGAAAGCCAAAUUCGACCACGUGCUCCAUCCCAUCCCUCGACUUUUACGAUCCUUCGUCACUGGAAGAUCCACGCGACAAGCCAAGUGACGAUGAAAUCGAAAAGUUCUUUGGACCUGCGAAUCGUCCCAUUGGUCCUCUUGGCCCCAAUGGGAAAUUCAUAUGGCCAUUCAACGAGAUGCUAUGGUCAUCCGAAUGGACCAACAAUGGUCUUGACAAGAGAGCAUCUGGACACAGGCGUCCCUUCAAUCCUACGUGUAAUGAUGCUGCGAAGACUACUUGGUUAAUGAAGUCAGAGCCAUACCCCAGUGGAGAUAAUGGAGAUUUCUUCGAAAAGAAAACCGGUGAUAAGAAAAGGUAUUGGGUUGACAACAUCGGAGGUGAUUGUUACAAUGCCAUGGUGAGGCAUGACGGCGCCCCUACACCGGAUCCCCUCCCUGUAGAAUGGAUUUCUGAACAUCUCAUCGAGCUCCAGACUGUCCCUAUGUUUAUGGAAUACACAAUGGGCGUCCGACACAAAAAGCACGGCAAGAACAGCCGUUCUGGAAUCCCCAGAGAAAUACCGCACAAUGCAGGGCCGCAUAUACCUUGUGGCGUUUGGGUCAAUGAAUUCCAGCAUGGUUUUUUCGCGUGGAACAACAGACAUAAGGACACUCCACAAACGGCUUUCUUCAAACUGCUGGGUUCAAGUUCUAACGCCAAGCACAUGGUUAACUGCGAGAAGAAGCUCAACAGCUUGAAGGGCACGCUUUGGGACUUCAAUGAGCCCGUCGGCAAGGAUAACUGGAGAGAUAACUAUUCUGCCAUGGACGACGAUACUGUCAGACAUGCCUUGGAACAGUUGAUGAUGGUUGAACAAAUCUUUCCUUAUCUUAGAAAGGAUGACAUAAACGCCAAGCUCAAGACCGCCAACAAAGAAGUGGUAGAUUUGCUGGACGAAUUUGACGACCUUUACCGGACCCAACAUAACGCUAACCCUUUGGGUCUCUCAACCAUGUGGAAAAAAUUCAUGUCUGAGCUACUGACCAAUCUUCAAGACUUCACCAAAGAUUGGUUGGAGCUCCGGAUCGGCACCCUCAAGGAUAACAUAGAAGCUGAGAUCGUAAUAAGGUUGGCGCAUCUUAUGACUCAGGUGGGUCAGCCAGGUCAUUUGGCCGCUCUCAUUUCCCAUAACACAAUGAUGGAAUUAAGGAACUCGGUCGUCAAUCAUGAGAGAGGUUACGCUGGUAACGUUGAACAAUUCCAGCCCAGCAUUUUUACAGAAUAA